AAAUUUUCAGUAUUGCUACCAUGGUCGUACGAAUUGGUGUAUUUUGUGCGCGAUUCUAGUCGUGUUCUCGUCUUUUUUAACGUGUUGCGCGUUUUUAUUCGAAAUAAUAUUCUUGGUUUACGUAAAAUUUUCUAUAAAACUUGGUUUAUUCACUGAGCGGUUUUUCGGUUGUGUCAAUUUUUCAAUAAUUUUGUUCACUUUUUAUCGCUGGAUUUUUUCAAUCGACGAAGAGUUUUAUCGUAGUUUUGUUCUUGCUGGGUUUAUUUUCUGAAAGUGGAUCUAUUUUGACGAGUUUAUGAACGAAAUUCACGAGUAUUCUAUCAUCACGCGGCUCGACGACUGCGCAGUCUUGUCGACUCAGCGUCUUUCUUAGCAUCUAGCAGGUGAGCUCCUAGAACAAUACGGCUGUACGAGAAUUUUGUUCGUAUAAAAAGAAUGAGAUGCUGGGAAAAAAGAAACCGGCCAAGAGAUGACCAACACCGAGCCAAGAGACGAUGUUUGUUGGCCUUUCGUUACUCAUGCUACUGAUGCGGUACGUGGCUUCCAUACCCGAAGACUGGACCGAUUGCCCGAGUGUUUGUCAGUGUAAGUGGAUAUCCGGCAAGAAGACUGCUUUAUGCCGAGAGGCAGGUUUCACAAUGGUACCGAACACGUUGAACGCCGACAUGCAAGUACUCGACAUCACCGGUAACUCGAUACGUAACUUACCCAAAGAUGUAUUCCGCGGCGUUGGCCUCAUACACCUUCAACGUAUAUUUCUGAAAAGCGCCGGCGUCUAUGAAAUCCACAAAGACGCUUUCAAAGAGCUGAAAAUCCUAGUCGAGGUCGACCUGUCCGAUAAUUUCAUAUCCGUUCUGCAUCAAGACACGUUUAGCGGAAACGAACGAUUACGAGCGUUGUACAUGAACGGUAAUCCAAUUAGCGAGCUUAAGAGUUCGCAGCUUCCCAAUUUACCGCAUUUGAAAUCGUUGGAAUUCCAACAUUGUCAAAUUAAAUGCGUACACAGAGACGCUUUUUUACAUCUACCGGCCUUGGAGUCGUUACAUUUGAACGAUAAUAAACUAAAUCGAUUAUCGGAAACGGUAUUUUUACCGGUGCCCAAGCUGAAGACCCUAGUGCUCGAUGGUAACCCUUGGAAAUGCGAUUGCGAAUUGAGAAAUUUCCGUAAUUGGCUUCUACAGUCUAAAUUAUACUCUCAUCCGCUGGUCUGCGCCAGUCCGACCAUUUCAAAGGGUAAACAAUGGGAAGACGUCGAUCCGAUCGAAUUCGCUUGCCCUCCUAAUGUCACAUCGAACGAAAGCUCCAUCCAGGCAGCUCCAGGAGGUAACGUUACGCUAAAAUGCAACGUGUACGGUGAUCCUGAACCGAACGUUUCUUGGGCAUUUAAUAGUUACGCUUUGGAUAACGAUACGUUGAUCCAAGACAGCUUCUUCUAUAUCGAAGAAAAAUAUAGCACGAAUAAGAAAAGCGAAAAAUUAUCUAUCGUUAUUCUAUACAAUAUUAGCGAUAUGAACGCUGGCGAAUACACGUGCAAGGGGGUGAACCUUCGGGGCGAAUCUGCGGUAAAUAUUAGUCUAAUACUACCCAAAGAAGCUAAAGCUACGACGAUGAAAAAGGACGAGAAUUGGUUCAUGUCUACGGUUUUCAUCAUAGGUACGGCUGUAUCCAUCUUGUUCAUGCUGAUGAUUACCAUCUUAUGCCAUAUAAGAAGACAAACGUCCAAAAAACGUCGACGAAGAAGCAAACUAAAAGGCAGCGUUAACUUCAGUGAUCAAGAUAAAAAGCUCCUCGAUGUGAGCAUAACAACGACAGACAGGCAGACCGGAAGCUGCGAAGGAUUCGGUUCUCAACCGGAUAUGGAAAUGAUGGAGCAAUCCGUGCAAAGCAUACCGUUAGAAUUACGCGAUCAACCGGUCCAUAUAACCAUCGAGAGUCACGCUACAGAUCCAUCAAUAUCUGUGUUUCCUCCUCCGCCUGAAUUUUCAACUAGUAUAUUACCCCAUGGAACUUUUGGUAAUAUUUUCAUCUCAGUUUCGGUCGGCCAAGAGCCUCCGACCAAUAUGGACUCGACCAGGUACCCAGAUCUGAUCGAUGUAGCUAGAAAAGGUAUUGGUGGGGGUAAGAUGAACGUUGGUACGGGCCCGGAUCCGAUCUCGUAUUUCGCCACUUUACCAAGACGAGGUCUGCAGCAUCGUCUCAAAGAAUCCGAUGUACUGGUGAGUCGAGCUGUUGGACCACAGUAUGAUAAUAUGGGACCUAGAAUAACGGCCGAUGGCAGCUCGACUAUCUCGUUACCGGAAACCAUUUCCACCGAGGAGAUACCGACACCGCCGCCACCCCCAUCAUGUUCACCGUUGACUGUUGAUUAUAUAUCGUUGUAAUUUUAUUAUUAUUAUUAUUUUACAUUUUCUCGUAAAACAUACUCUUGAAAAUUUUUCGUGUAUAUAAUUUUUCUCGCCGUGUUUGUAGAUGCAAAAAUUGUGCAUCAGCCAUCCACCCCGUUAUACAUCACUUAAUAAUGAUACGUUCACGUGUACAUUUUUCUCCUCGAAUAACAGAUAUUAUUAUGUACCUUGUAUUAGCCGUGUAAAGACAUCGUGUACAUAUAUUUUAUCGGAUCACAACUCGACAGCAAUAAAUGUACAUUUCUUGCGUUAUUAUAACCAUAACUAAC